CCGUGGCAACGCAGGUGUUGGUGGAUCCCAUUGCACACGUAACCUAUUGCAGGACAGGACACCCAUAUUCACUCCCUGGAGCUGCUGUUUGUGUGGUGCUGUCACCUCUUGCCUGCUGGGUCCCACAGGGCUGACUCCCUGAGGUGUUCGGCUCUGUUCCUGGCUCACCAUGGUGGACACAGUGGGGAAACCGGAGCACUCAAAGCCACCUGUGUCACUGGACAUGUACAAGAGUUUGUACAAGAAGGACUAUCAGUGGUGUGAGGAGUACAAGCUACCCAGCGACAUACAGAAGCUGCAGGUUGCAGAUGCCCAGCUAAAAGCCAAGGAGUUUGCUGUACCCCAGGAGAGGCCAGUGAUACCCUACAGCGACAGCGUUGUUAGGCAGAGGAGGGAAGUCAUCCCAGCACCGAGCGUCGAAGCCAUCAGUCAUGAUGAUGGUGCAGGAGGGAGGAUGCCAGACAGCAGCAGAGCCUUGCGACAGGGAAAGCACUUUGCUUCCCUCCUUCCUGCUGCAGAAAGCUACCUACCAAAGCACUACCCUGCCUCUCAACUGGCAGAGAAGGCAGAGAAGCUGCAGGCUCUCAGUGAGCUGGAGAAUGAGCUGUCUUGUUGCCAGCAUCUUCCAGUGGCUGCUCAGGCUGCUGGGACAGCAGGGAAGCUGCUCCCCAGGCGGAAGCUGGUCCCGGCCUGGGCCACCUACCAGCAGUUCAUCAGGGAGACCAGCCGGAAAAGCCAGAAUAAUGGUCUGCAAAUCAAGCUCAGGAAUGUGGGCUCCUCUGUUCUGGCUGGAGACUGCUCUGCCCAUGACUGGAGAACUACCUACAACACAGAUUUCAAGCGCAGGCCAGCCUGUGGUGGACAUUGUAAAGGACAUAUGAACCUUUCUCACAUUUUCCUCAAAGAUGUGCUCCACAAGAACCACUGGGUAUCCGAGUACAAUGACGCCUAUAGCAUUUUCUUGCGGAGGCUGAGAUGGUCAUCUGAGACCUCUGAUAUGGGGCUGUGCUCUGGGAAAGGGAUUGAGAUGGACGCAGCCCAGUGACUGGUGCUGCAGGUGACCAUGCUCCUUGUGCCCCAAAGCUGUCUGUGUGAUACCGUCCAUCAGAGAUCCUGAAAGCCUGGAAACCUCCUCUCUUUCUUGCAAACCACCACCGUGUCUAUCAAAUGUGAAAUGUUUGUCAGAGGCCUUUUGAAGCACAUAUUAUUAAAAUCUUCUCAGAACCCCAGCUUUUUUUCAUUGUCAGAAAAGGCUUUUUUUGGG